CAGUCACAACUCAGAUCAGCUCCUCUACCCAAGCUAAGCUCUAGCUUUAACCCCAGACGGGAAGAACGACUGCAGACCCGGAGCGGCAGAGAAACUCCACCGGACAAGAGAUCAACUCGAUCGGAAACUCUGAGACUACAGGGAUACCUGCUCAACCAGACUUAAGGAAAAACUAGACCCCAUUCCUGCGAGGAAGAAAUCAUGUCUGCCGCAACGAAGAAAGUGAUUUUGCUGCCUUUGCUGUGCAUCGUGCUCUCACACACGGUCGCCGGACAGGAGUGCAGCAACCAGUGCUCCUGCCCCGCCGCCCCUCCCCAGUGCCCCCCGGGGGUGAGCCUGGUGCUGGACGGCUGCGGCUGCUGCAGGGUGUGCGCCAAGCAGAUGGGCGAGCUUUGCACCGAGAGAGACCUCUGCGACCCGCACAAGGGCCUCCACUGUGACUUCGGGGCCCCCAUCAACAGACGCAUCGGGGUGUGCACAGUGCGAGACGGAGCCACCUGCGUGUUCGGAGGGAUGGUCUACAAGAGCGGCGAGACUUUCCAGAGCAGCUGCAAGUACCAGUGCACCUGCCUGGAUGGAGCCGUGGGCUGCGUGCCGUUCUGCGCCAUGACCGUCCGGCUGCCGAGCCCCGACUGCCCCGCGCCGAGGCUCGUCAAGGUGCCAGGGAAGUGCUGCGAGGAGUGGCAGUGUGACUCCCCCAGCAAACCCACGUUCCUGGGCUCGGCUCUGGCCGCCUACAGAGAGGAGGAGACCUACGGCCCAGACCCCUCCAUGAUGAGGGAGAACUGCCUGGUUCAGACUACUGAGUGGAGCGCCUGCUCCAAGACCUGCGGCCUCGGCGUCUCCACCAGGGUCACCAACGACAACCGCGAGUGCCGCCUGGAGAAACAGUCCCGGCUGUGCAUGGUGCGACCCUGCGAGUCACAGCUGGAGCAGAGCAUCAGGAAGGGAAAAAAGUGCAUCCGCACGCCCAGACUCUCCAAGCCCAUGAAGUUUGAGAUCUCCGGCUGCACCACCACCAAGUCCUACAGGCCAAAGUUCUGCGGCGUCUGCCUGGACGGCCGCUGCUGCACCCCCCACAGAACGACCACCCUGCCCAUGGAGUUCAAGUGCCCCGACGGACAGGUGAUGAAGAAGCACAUGAUGUUCAUCAAGUCCUGCGCCUGCCACCACAACUGCCCCGGGGAGAACGACAUCUUCGAGUCCAUGUAUUACAAGAAGAUGAUGGGAGACAUGGCGUGAGCCGCCGGAGGAGCAGCCAGAGCUUAUGACUUGAAAACAGAACAUCUCAUUUUGCAGCUCAGCAUGUAUGUGUUUUUUUUUUUUUUUGAUUGUUUUAUUUUGUCAUUUUCUUAUUGCAAAAGUAGUCAAGACACUUAUUUAAGUGUCUGUGUGUUUUGUACGUUGACUCAGACAGAGGGCUGCACAGCAGCUCCGAGAGAUUCCUGCACUAUAACUUCUAUUUUUGACAAACCUGUCAGGUUGAAAUCCCCUUUUUUCACAGACCCGUCCGUUGUACUGUAUGCAUUUUUUUUUUAAGCCUUAUCUAAACCUCGACGUCCUCCUCAAAGGAGUGUCUAACACCCCCCCCCCCCCCCCUCCCCUUCUGGGCCCAGACCAGACCUGGAAACUCUAAGCAGCUGUAGAUGUAGCGCGCAGACCACAGCAGGCCAGUGUUCCCCUGUGCAAACAGGGCUGAAUGCGUCCCAGUGUGUGCGUGUGCACACGCGUGUGCUGGUGUCUGUUAGCGAAGGGCCUGAAUGCCGGCCUUGUCUCCGCCGCUGAGCAGCCCCCCCCCCCCCUGCUGACUGAGUAGAGGAAAGGUCAGAGUUUCCGAGCAGCGAGCUGAGUUUAAGGUUAGAUACGCACCACAGUGGGCUUCGCCACGGCACUGAGAAAAAAAAAAAAGAAAAUAACGGCGUGUGGAUUUGAAGCGAUUCAGGUCAGAAGGACGAAACCAAGCGGUUUAGGAAGUGUCUGUUUUGUUAAGAAAUAGAAGAAGAAAAAAAAAGACUGGAAGAAUUGUAAGUUCAUUCCUUUUUAUGUUGUUGGUGUGUAAAUAUUUUUAAUAUUUGUACAGUUUAAGUUAAUUUAAAAGCCACGUUUGUUCUGUGCUUCCAAGUGUAUCGAUAGUGUGUUUUCUGUGGACGGUAUUUUCUACUAUUUUAUUGAGAAGUGUGACAAAACUGUUACAUGUUUCACUUUGUAGCUGGAAUAAAAUGUUAUAUUUUUUAUACAAACAUGAGUUCUAAGAUUUGUCUGUUUGGUCCAUGUACUGUAACAGGUGUAAUUGUUCAUGCUGACCCCUGACCUCUUAGCCAGGGAAGGUUUUAAUUAGUAAUUAACACAAACAUCUCUCACAGAGGGAAGGAAAUGUCUGCAGCAGAAGUUAUAACGGGGGAGAUGAUUUAACUCCACUACGGGAGUGACACACAUGUGUCGGUUUGUUUUCCCACUUUCCACUCAGGCUUAUGUAACAACGAUGUAAUGCCUUCUUCAAUAAACAAAGAAGAUUAAAAAA